UGGACUCAUUCAAUCAUCACGCAGUUCACACAAUGGAACAAAAGCAGAAGCUCUUAUUCGUGACAGGCAACAAGAACAAACUCGAGGAGAUGCAAUCCCUGCUUGGAGAGCACUUUCAGCUCGAGUCGAUCAGCGUUGACUUACCUGAGCUUCAGGGAUCCAGCUACGAGAUUGCCAGAGAAAAAUGCAAGAAGGCCGCUGAAAUUACUAAGGGCCCUGUUUACGUUGAAGACACCGGACUUGGAUUCGAUGCCCUCAAAGGCCUUCCCGGCCCUUACAUUAAGUGGUUCUUGGAGAGCAUUGGCCUCGAGGGACUGGUGAAGAUGCUGGAGGGGUACACUGACAAAUCUGCAAUGGCAUACUGUACCAUUGCCUAUACCACUGGCCCUGGGUCCGAACCCAUCCUGUUUGAAGGAAGCGUGAAGGGCUCAAUUGUGGAUCCUGUUGGACCAAGGAAGUUUGGGUGGGACCCCAUUUUCAAGCCCGAUGGUCAAGAUGGUACCUACGCCUCGAUGGACUCGGCAGUCAAGAAUGCCAUGUCACACAGAUGCGUUGCUGUCGCCAAGUUGCGCCAGUACCUUGAGAGGGAGCUGGAACUCCGCAAGUCGCUUGCCGUUAUGGAAUAAACACGAGGCGACACCCAUUAACAUCCCAUUAGGAAUUGUAAAUAAUCCACUUUAUCAAGCAUCUCAAAUAUGUUUUCUGUGGUCAAGGCAACAAUCGCUUAGUUGACGAUGUGAAAGUGGCAGCCCAAAUCCCAGAACAUGUAUGCAGUAGUGCUCAAUUGAUGAACUAUCGCGUCGUAUGACUUUUUUUUUUGUUUUUUUUUGUUUUUUUUUGUCGGAUAUAAGGAUGUCUAGAUGAUCAAUUGCUUUCACC